ACAAUUUUCUCCUUAGUGAGGAAAUUUAUCGAGACGAGAGUGAGUGAGAGAGUCAACGACACCAUUCUGCUGGUGCCACUGUUUUCUCAAUCAUCAUCAUGUCCAAUGAACAAAAAGACUACGAUGUUUUCCUCAGUCUUGGUGGCAAAGAUGUUCGCUACACCUUCACUGGUAAUCUCUUUAAUGCUUUGCGCAGCAAGAGAAUUAAGACCUUUUUCAGAGAACAUGAAGAUGAUCCUGAGCUACACAGUGAUGACACCAAUCUUUCACCCUCUGCUCUUAAAGCAAUACAAGAGUCAAAGAUUUCCAUAGUUGUUUUCUCCGAAGAAUAUGCAUCCUCCUCAAGAUGUCUCGAUGAACUUGUGGCCAUCCUUGAGUGUAGGAUGAUGACCAACCAACUCGUGUGGCCAAUCUUUUACGGAGUGCAUCCAAGUGAGGUAAGAUUUCAGAAAGGUAGAUAUGACCAAGCCAUGCGUAGAUUUGAAAAAAGUUAUUGCAAAGAUAGGAUGCAGAAAUGGAGAGAAGCUUUGGUUGAAGUCAGCAACUUGAGUGGAUGGUUUUACCAAAAGGGGUACAAAUACGAAUAUAAAUUCAUCAGAAAGAUUGUGGAAGCAGCCGUGCAAGUCCUGCCAAGAUAUGAUGUUUUUCUGAGUUUUUGUGGAGAGGAUACCCGCUACACUCUCACAGGUUUUCUAUACAAUGCCCUUCGCCGAGAGGGAUUCAAAAUCUUCAUGGACGAUGAAGAAUUGGAGGGUGGGAACCAAAUUUCUCAAACGCUCAUGGAAGCAAUUGAAAGUUCAAGGGUUUCAAUCGUGGUGUUCUCUGAAAACUAUGGAUAUUCCACGUGGUGUCUUGAUGAACUUGCCAAGAUCACCGAGUGUAUGAACACCAAGAAUCAGAUGGUUUGGCCAAUAUUUUACAAUGUGCAAAAGUUGGAUGUAUGCAAUCAAACAAAAAGUUAUGGUGAGGCCAUGACUGCACAUGAAAACAGGUUUGGAAAGGACUCCGAGAAGGUGCAGAAAUGGAGGUCUGCUUUGUCUCAAAUCACCAACUUGGAAGGAGAGCAUCUCAGUGAAAAUGAGUUCCAACAUGAAUCUAUAGAAAGGAUUGUGGAACGGCUCAUUAAUAUUGAAGGUGGGAAACAUAUAUCAAGUCCUUUCCUCGUUCCAAUGAUAUCUACAGAGAACAAUGAAUGAAGACUGUUUAAGCAACUGAUACUUUGUGUUUAUCAGUGUUGUUUCUGCACCCUGUUGCAGUUCCAAUGGUUUUUUUUUUGUAUUCCUUUUAAACAUUUCGUGUUCUUUCUGCAUCUUCUUUUGUGAUGAGUGGUGCUAUUUUAGCACAUGGACAUUUUCAUUAGCUUAGGUUCCAUGAAUCAGAAUUUGAAUACUUGCCGUUGAGACAUUGCAAUCUUCUCAGACA